GAACUCUCUGGCUUCACCCUGGACCAAGUGGCUUUCGAGGAUGGCAAAGGGAAGUGUCCCUACGACCCCACCAAGGGACACACCGGCCUCAUCGUGGACGGGGAGCUGUACUCAGCCACCUUCAACAACUUCCUGGGCACGGAGCCCGUCAUCCUCCGCAACCUGGGCCCCCACUACUCCAUGAAGACGGAAUAUCUCACCUCCUGGCUGAACGAGCCCCACUUCGUGGCUUCAGCCUACGUGCAGGAGAGCGCGGCCAGCAGCACCGGCGACGACGACAAGGUUUACUUCUUCUUCAGCGAGCGGGCGGUGGAGGGAGACGUGGAUGUCUCGGCUAUUUGCCGCUACCACAUCCUGGAGGUGAAGAAAGCGUUCGAGGGACCCUACAAGGAAUAUCGGGAGCAGGCACAGAAGUGGGGCCGGUACUCGGAUGAGGUGCCCAGCCCUCGUCCCGGCGCG